AUGGCGGACAACCAGGACUAUGACCUCAACCAGCCCAUCUCUGGGACAGGCCUGCGGCAGGGUCUAACAUCCUACGGCGACGCCCAUUUCUCUCUCUUCCUGCGAAAAGUCUUCAUCAAGGCGGCCGGGUACGGUGAAGAUGCGCUCUCCAGACCUAUCAUAGGCAUCAUCAACACCGGCUCCGGCUUCAACCCAUGCCAUGCCAACGUGCCACAGCUCAUCGAAGCCGUCAAGCGUGGCAUCCACCUUCAUGGCGGCCUGGCCAUCGAGUUCCCCACCAUCAGUUUACACGAGUCUUUUGCGUCUCCUACUAGCAUGUUCCUUCGCAACCUAAUGUCUAUGGACACCGAAGAAAUGAUCAAAGCUCAACCCGUAGACGUCUGCGUCAUGAUCGGUGGCUGCGACAAGACGAUACCAGCACAAUUAAUGGGUGGAAUUUCGGCUAAUAAGCCCGUGCUUCCACUUAUCACAGGUCCGAUGAUGCCUGGAUCGUUUCACGGACAACGUGUCGGUGCUUGUACAGAUUGCCGUAGUAGCUGGGCAGCGUAUCGCGCAGGCGGUCUGGAUGUGGAAGACAUUGUUGGUAUCAACGAGGAACUUGCGCCUACCGUCGGCACCUGCGGCGUCAUGGGAACAGCGAGCACGAUGGGUUGCGUCACCGCAGCACUUGGAUUGAUGCCACUUGGCGGAGCCUCGGCUCCUGCUGUUUCUUCUGCACGUUUGCGGGUGGCCGAGCAAACAGGAGCCAUGGCUGUCUCCGUUGCAAGCAAUGUCGAGAGAUGCCGACCUCAAGCCAUACUUUCCCGUGAGUCGUUCUUGAACGCUAUCACAGUCUUACAAGCCAUUGGUGGAUCGACAAAUGCUGUUGUGCACCUCAUGGCAAUCGUGAACCGACACCCUGAGAUUGCAGGCAAAAUUGACCUUGCAACUGUGGAUGAGGUAGGUCGACGAACGCCGCUACUUGUCGACCUGAAGCCCAGUGGUGACAACUACAUGAAUGAUUUUCACAACGCAGGUGGCAUGGUGGCCUUGUUGCUCACUUUGCGGCCGCUAUUGCACCUUGACGCUCUUACCAUUACAGGAGAAACACUGGGCAAAGUGUUGGACGCGACACCAUUCAAACCAUUCCCGUACUCGAAGGAGCUGAUCCGACCACUGUCCAACCCGGUCUAUCCAGACUCUGCGUUGGUGGCUCUAUAUGGCAACCUCGCGCCCAAGGGCGCCGUCUUGAAGGCCGCAGCGUCGAAAGAUAGGAAACUGCUUGAAUAUGAAGGUCCCGCUGUCGUGUUCGAGAACACUGCAGACCUUGCUCAGCGCAUUGACGAUGAGAAUCUGAAAGUGACAGACAAGUCCGUACUUGUACUGAAAAGCAUUGGUGCGAUCGGCAACCCUGGGAUGCCCGAAGCUGGCGUCAUACCCAUUCCGAGGAAGCUGAAAGGCGUGACAGAUAUGCUGCGCCUGUCAGAUGGCAGAAUGUCGGGUACUGCAGGUGGUACAAUUGUGCUACACAUUUCGCCGGAGUCCGCCAUUGUGGACUCGCCGUUUGGCAUCGUGGAAGAUGGUGACCUCAUUCGUCUUAGCUUGGCGGAGCGCCGACUUAACGUAAAUCUUUCAGAUGCAGAGAUCGCCAAGCGUGUCCAGAAGCGGAAAGCUUUGCUGGAAUCUCAUGGUACCGCCGUUCACGGCAAGCGCAUCGUCGGCAGCAGAAAGCGAGGUUACAGGGGCCUGUAUGAGACGAGCGUGAACCAAGCAGAGAGUGGCGUAGACUUCGACUUCCUUACCGCGAACGGCCAAUCUUAA